CUCCGCCGGGCGGGGGAGGCUCCGGGCGAGCCGCGGCACCGCCUCGGCGCGCGGCGCCCUCCGCGCGAGGGAAGAGCUCCGCAGCGCGGCGGCGCCGGGACCGCGGCGCAGCCCCGGGGACAGGGCUCGGCCCGGCGGCGCCGCCGCCCCCGGGACAGACGCGCCCGCGGCAAGAUGGGCGCCCUGGCCCUGGCCCUGGGGAUUUUCCACUACCUGGGGCUCUACCUGCAGCUCGGCGCCGCCUCCCGGCACCCCCCGUGGGACGCCCCGGCGGCGGGCAGCGCCCUCUUCACGGAGACCCCCCACGACAUGACGGCCCAGGCAGGUGAGGACGUGGAGAUGGCGUGCUCCUUCCGAGGCAGUGGCUCCCCUUCCUACUCCCUUGAGAUACAGUGGUGGUACGUCCGCAACCACAAGGACUGGACAGACAAACAGACAUGGGCUUCCAACCAGCUGAAAGCAUCGCCGCAGGAGGAGCCUGGGAAGGACGCGACAAAAAUAAGCGUGGUGAAGGUGGUUGGCAGCAACAUCUCCCACAAGCUGCGGCUGUCGCGGGUGAAGCUGGAGGAUGAGGGGACGUACGAGUGCCGGGUGAUCGACUCCAGCGACGGCAAGGCACGGCACCACAAGGUGAAGGCGUACCUGCGGGUGGAGGCAGCGGGGGGCACGGGGCACCCCCAGGACACCCAGCUGCGGGGAGUCCCAAUGCCAGACCCUGCUGUGCCAGGCUCAGCCCACGCGCACCACCACCACCACCACCACAAAGCCGGGAAGGAGCUGAAGAAGCGCUCGGCAGACGUCUCCUGUGUGCUGUAGGCGGGUGGUGUCGGGGGGACACCGGAGCCCCCCGCUGCCCCGGACUCAGCAGAGCUGUCGAGGGUCCCGUGCCCCCUGCCAGAGACUGGCCCCACCGCCCCGUGUUGCCCACCAACCCCCACCACCUCCUCCUCCUGCCGGCCACUGCCGGCUGGGUUUCUUCCCCAGCCAUGUGGCGCAGCGGUGCCAGGGCUCGGUGUGGGAGCAGGACCGUGUCCGUGCCAGGGGGCAUUGCUGGGACCAGGGCCAAGGCAUAUGCCCACACAUGGUGGUCCCCGUCCCCACUGGCCCCGUGCGGGUGGGUGCCCCACUGCUUGCUGCCACCCGCGGUACCACGGGCCAUGUUGCGCCCCAGCUUUGUGUGCCCAGUGGAGGCCCCCCCUGCCCACUGGACCCUCCCUCCCUCCCUUGUGCUUUGCAGAACUGACCGUCUGUUCCUGUAGGAGGCCUACUUUAGUUGCUUUGUUCCAGCCCCGCAGUGCAUAUAUAAGUUCCAGCGUCCAUCUUCUAGACCGUGUAUAUCACCUCUCCCUGCCCUUGCCUGCCCCAGUGCCACCCCAGCACAUCAAGGCCUGAGCUCAGCAUUGGAAGGGUGGCAUGGCACGCUCCCAACGCGCUCCCCAGCACAGCCAUCGCACUGUGGGCUGUGCCACGGCAUCGCCCAGCCAGGCAGCUGCCCGUGGUCCACAUGUGCCCAGGGAGCCAUGCUGUCAGAACUGGCCUGCUUCCACCCAUUGCUCCUCCUGGCCCUUUGCAUUUCAUGGAGGAAGGAGGGGGCUUGGCCAUCAGCCCCGUCUGCCCUCGCUCCACCCCCACUGCCCAUGUUGGCGUGGCUCUCGGCCCCCUGCUCACGGCUGAGCAUCCCUUCCUCCUGCACCAUGGCACCGCAUCGUCCCGGGCAGGGUCUAGCACAUGGGCUCCCACAACACAGUGCAAAUGGCAGAGCCUGUCCCUGUUGCCCCCUGGGUAAACACCGCUGCUGGGGAUAGAGCCGUGGGGACCGAGAGGGGGGUCCUGAGUCUCCCCAUCUGGGUGCUGGGUGCUGCUCCCCUGCUGCCACUCACCUGUGCCGCCCAGCCUACCGCCACCAGACCUGCUGCAGCUAAUAAAGCUCUUUAA